UGCCUAGCAGCCAGAUGCAAAAAAGGCCCCAACCUGGUUGCCGGACCCCGGCAUGCAUCAGACCCGGGUUUGCAGCGGGAGAGAACAGCCAUGCAUUUCGCUACGGUAAACAGCGGCCGCUUGUUGGGUCUGCUGCUGUUCAGCAUCACCGUUCUGCAGAUAGUGCCGGUUGCUUUGGGCCAGUCAAACGUAACCUUACCGCAGCCGUUUAAUGUAUCGGUGGAUGUAAAUCACACGCUGCCGAGCAAUAGCUUACCACCGCUGGCGACGGUCUCCCCGCCCUGGAAACCGAUGCCACGCUAUCGCACUGCCCACUAUGAUCCGGUCGGGAAGGUGCUCUGGUUUCCACGGAUCAUCGGAGGCUCGAUGGCAACGGCCGGCGAGUUCCCGGCGAUGGUGUCACUGCAGCAGGUCCAGAAUUCGGCACACGUGUGCGGCGGGACUCUGAUUACGAUGAGUCACGUGCUGACGGCGGCUCACUGCGUUACGGAUGUGCGAGGAAUUCUGCAUCCCGCCAACCAGUACCAAGUGAUGGGCGAUGAUCUGUACAUCCUGCAGCAUAUGGGCAGUCCAACGCGGCAAGUAAGGCGCGUCGUUACGAUCACCAUCCAUCCACAGUACGAUUCGACCGUCUUCUCCAACGACAUCGCCGUCCUGCGGGUGGCGCCCGAGUUCCGGAAAACGGACACGUUCUUCCCGGGCAAACGAGUGCAGAAGGCACCGACGCCCGGCGAUCGGUGCAGCCUGGCCGGUUGGGGUGUGACGGACGAACGGUCGCACGUUAUGAGCCCGCACCUGCAGCGUAUCAAUGUGGCCAUCAGCGACUUUGGGGCGUGCAAUGUCGUGUUCGAUCAGCUACUCACCCGGGGUAUGCUGUGUGCGGAGGCACCCGGUCGGGACGCUUGUCAGGGCGAUUCGGGUGGUGCGUUGCUGUGUGCCGGAGGGCGCGUGGCGGGCAUCGUGAGCUUCGGCGACGGGUGUGCCAAACCGAACGUGCCGGGCGUGUACAUGGACGUGGCGUACUACGAAAAGUGGAUCAAUGGGGUGCUCCGGAAUAGUGGGGAGCGUUCGGUCGGCUAUCUGGCGGGUACGGUCAUGUUUUACUGGGCUGUGAAGCACCUGCUGAGGUAGUAAAGUGGCGGAGUUGCGGUUUAA